AUGGCAAGUGAUAGCGUGCCACCAGUUCCAAUGGGACAGCAACUGAUAGAAUCACCAAAGAUAACGGAUAUUCAUAGCUUGGUCGCGGACGAGCAGGAUUGCGAGCGGAUAGCGAAGAAAAUGCUGAAAGGGACGUUUGAAGAGGUGAGCUACGAGGAGUAUGCGAACUUGCUGGGGAACAAGGAGAUGAGCGGGACGCUGCGCGCGUUUGUAGGGAUGCUGGGACCUCUGCCGGAGUCUUUGUUGUCGACUUUGCAGCUGCUGGUGAGUAAACUGCAUUUUGUCGCCGAAGCGCAGAAUAUCGAUCGGAUUUUGGAAGAAUUGAGUCAAAGAUGGGUGGAAUGCCAUCCAGACACGUUUUGGGAGGAUCAUUACAAGCUUUGCCACAUUGUGUUGUUUUCGUUGCUGAUUUUGAACUCCGACCUGCACAAUAGCGACGGCGUGAGCGGCCACGCGAAGUUCUCACUGCAGGAGUUCGUGGAGAAUACGAUCUAUGCGCUGAAGAAGGAGGCAAAGGCCACGGGAUAUACGUUAGAGGAAGUGGAGCCGAUGAUUGCAGAGCAGCUGGGCUCCUUCUACGAUAAAUUGAAGGCGAAGAGCCUGCCGUUGGCGUCGAGGCCAGCUGGAAUCUAUCGAGAGGCCUCGCGUCCGCAGUCGAUACUCAACACGAAGAGUAGUUCGUUCUCAAGACAAAGAUUCUCGGUCAGAAGUGUGACUUCUGCAAGCUUGGAGACUACGCUCUCCAAUGGAGCGUCAGUGCACUCGGGUUCGAGCUCACAACGGGGGAGAAAGGAGUCGAACUACACUUCGAAUUGGAAAUUUCAUCAUAACAAACAGCUCCCUCAGUUAUAUAACCCGGAGGACUUUGACGCUGAGUGGAAUUCAAGAAACAACUCGCUCUGGUUUAUGGAUUCAGUGAUAAAACUAUGUGAAAACGGUCUCGUCAGUACCAAAGACGAAGACGAGAGCGCCGAAUCGUUGCUUGCGGAGGAGCAGCGUCGUAGGGCUCCCAAGCGUUUCUUCAAAUGGCUCACCAAAUCGAAGCCGCGCUCGAUCUUUGAAGAUGUCAAAUCGCCGAUUGCAUUUCUAGACGGCAACGCAAAGUGGAUCAGAACAAGAGUGCGGGUCUCGGAGGGGAGGAUCUUCGUUUUCAAGUUAAAGUCUAGCAAUUUGGCGAAAGUAGAUGCUAAUCAAGACCUAGACGCCCUCAAGGAAAACUGCAGCCAGUAUUUUGUCCGCAAUCUUUUCGAAGCGGUUGCAACUUUGGUUCAGGACAAUGUCAUACAAGGCAACCAGCCCGAUAGCGCUCACCUCGCAAAAGAGCAUUUGAGGGGAAACUUCACUGUGGUUGUACCUUCUGGGCCCAAUGGUCAAAGUACGACUCUCGAGUUUCAAACUGCGACAGUGGAAGAAGCCGCUAACUUUGUGCAUUCUAUCAAUUUUUGGGCCGCCAGGAUAACGUCUGUGCCUUCAGCGCAGUUCGAAGUGGUGUCAAAUCAAGAGUACGGUUGGAGCGAAAAGGUUAUGUCGUCAGAAAUGGAUCAAGAAUAUCUCGAUAAAGUCAACUUAAGCGUUUGGAGACCACUGCUAUCCAUCGAGGCGCUCUAUGAUGAACUGCAGACGCUUGGUGAACAGCCCAACUUCCGCGACAGGCUAGAGGAGCUGACUGAGUUUACACAGCAAAUUGAGGGCAGGAUUGAUCUGCACAAUUCAAGAAAACCAGUGAUAGUUGCUACUUGGACCAAAUCGGCUCAGUUCGAAGCUGCCAUGGACAAUUGGAACAAUAAAUAUCUCUACCUGCAUGAAAUCAGCGGAAGAAACUCCAAAUAUCUGAAGGCUAUGCAAAUGGCGGAUCGGGUACUUAAAGAGAUCAAUCAGUAA